GGCCGCGAGAACUACAAGGGGACCUCCGGAGUGAGUUCGUCCACGCUUUGAGAAGUAGGUUAGCAGGGUAGACUGGGAACCUUGCAAGAACCUUGGAACCUUGCAAGCCAAGCUAAACCACCGUGGGAGUAUUCUGUCAAGAAGUUACCGAAAUAGUGCAUCGAGACAAACAGGAAAACAUGCAACUUGAACUGUCGAAUUUCUUUGCAUUUAAUUGACUGUCGCAAGACUCUCCUCGCUGAUUUUUGCCUUAUUUUCUGAAAAAAUAUUUUCUAGUUCAUUAGGCUAAAGAAGUUUUUUUUUACGUGCCAGCAAAUGCUGGUCUUUCAACAGUUUUACAGAUAUUUGUAUUCAAUUUACAACCCACAUGAAGUCAAAUUCAUUGAUCCAGAAACGAUAAAUAUUCAACAUGAGAGCUCAAAUAGAAGUAAUACCCUGCAAGAUCUGUGGGGACAAGUCCUCAGGUAUUCACUAUGGGGUCAUUACCUGCGAAGGUUGCAAGGGGUUCUUCCGCCGCAGCCAGCAGAACAACGCCAUGUACUCGUGUUCCCGCCAGAGAAACUGUCUUAUUGACCGAACCAACCGCAACCGCUGCCAACACUGCAGACUGCAGAAGUGUCUGGCUUUGGGCAUGAGCCGGGACGCGGUGAAGUUUGGCCGUAUGUCUAAGAAGCAGCGAGACAGCCUGUACUCGGAGGUUCAGAAGCACCAGAAGAACCAGGAGCUUCUGAACCAGGAGGUUGUGAACCAGGGGUGUCUGAACCAGGGUUUGUCCCUGACCAGGGAAGAUGUGGCAGGGGGAGACAGCGAGGGGGACAGGCACAGGGAGCUCAGUCACUCCUACAGCAGCGGCGGCUCCAGCUCCACCCUGAGUGACCUGGAUGACAUCCCUGACCUGUUUGACCUGCCCUUGACCCCGGAGGAGGCCCACAAGUACUGCAGCCUGGAGCUGCUGGGAGGCCACGGCGGAAGCACCGGGAACACCUCAAACUCUUCAUCAUUGUCAUCAUCCUCUAACAAUUCGUCCAAUCAGAACUCGCCGCAGCAGAAUCUGCUGGAUGUCACAGACGCCAAUGGAAUCAAACAUGAGUACCAGAUGUUGUCGCACACACAAGCCGCGCUGCUGGAGCCACUGGCCAAUGACUGCACUCUUAUGGAUAUAGAGCGUAUCACCCAGAGUGUGGUCAAGUCCCACUUGGAGACGAGUCAGUACAGUUCUGACGACCUGAAGAGGCUGACAUACAGUGGGAUUCAGUACUCACCUGAGGAGACCCGCAACUUCCAGUGCAAGUCUGAAGAGUUUAUGUGGCAGCAGUGUGCCCACCACAUCACCAAUGCCAUCCAGUACGUGGUGGAGUUUGCCAAACGCAUCACUGGCUUCAUGGACCUGUGUCAGAACGACCAAAUAAUUCUGCUCAAAGCAGGCUGUCUGGAGGUGCUGUUGAUCAGGAUGUGCAGGGCGUUUAACGCUAACACCAACACCAUGUUCUUUGAUGGCAAGUUUGCCUCCGCCCAGCUCUUCAAAGCCCUCGGUUGCGAUGACCUGGUCAGUGCCGUGUUUGAUUUGGCUAAAGGACUCUGCCGCUUGCAGCUAACCGAUGAGGAAAUGGCUCUGUUCAGCGCCGCUGUCCUUCUGUCCCCAGAGCGACCAUGGCUGACCGACAGCCAAAAGGUCCGGAAGCUGCAGGAGAAGCUCUUCCUGGCUCUGCAACACAGACUGCACAUGAGCGGGGCCUCUGACGAGAAACUAGACCAGAUGGUGUCCAAGCUGCUGAUGAUGAAGUCCAUCUGUAAUCUCCACGUCAACAAGCUGGAGUUCUUCCGUCUGGUUCACCCCGAGACCGCAUACAGCUUCCCACCACUCUAUCGGGAAGUGUUCGGGAGUGAGAUCUCUCUCCCCGACUCUACAAACAGCUCCUAGAGAGAAAUAUGGAGUGAAUGUGUUAGAGGCAGGUUAAGAAAAGUGUGGAGAUAUGGAAGCGAAAGGGGAGAUUGAGCGAGGGAUAUAAAUAUUGAACUCAGAAAUAACCAGCAGUUAAUUAGACAAUCCAGGACUUAAAAUACUCAGUUUCCCAGCAUGCUGUGGCGUUAUUCCUCCACUAUCCUAGCAGGCCAUGCACCUUACACUACAGACUUCACCUUCAGGAUCCUUUUGUACCGUAGCACUUUGGACAAACUAAUGGGCAAUAUGCAUAUUCUACAGUGUGAACAUAGAUCAUUUAGCAUUAGAACAUCGAUGCUCCCCAACCCCGUCAUGAAUGUACCUCACUAACAACCACCAAUGCACCAGCCAGAACCACACACCGAAUGUACAGUGGGGUAAAAAAGUAUUUAGUCAGCCACCAAUUGUGCAAGUUCUCCCACUUAAAAAGAUGAGAGAGGCCUGUAAUUUUCAUCAUAGGUACACUUCAACUAUGACAGACAAAAUGAGGGAAAAACAUCCAGAAAAUCACAUUGUAGAAUUUUUAAUGAAUUUAUUUGCAACUUAUGGUGGAAAAUAGGUAUUUGGUCAAUAACAAAAGUUUAUCUCAAUACUUUGUUAUAUACCCUUUGUUGGCAAUGACAGAGGUCAAACGUUUUCUGUAAGUCUUCACACACUGUUGCUGGUAUUUUGGCCCAUUCCUCCAUGCAGAUCUCCUCUAGAGCAGUGAUGUUUUGGGGCUGUUGCUGGGCAACACGGACUUUCAACUCCCUCCAAAGAUUUUCUAUGGGGUUGAGAUCUGGAGACUGGCUAGGCCACUCCAGGACCUUGAAAUGCUUCUUACGAAGCCACUCCUCCGUUGCCCGGGCGGUGUGUUUGGGAUCAUUGUCAUGCUGAAAGACCCAGCCACGUUUCAUCUUCAAUGCCCUUGCUGAUGGAAGGAGGUUUUCACUCAAAAUCUCAUGAUACAUGGCCCCAUUCAUUCUUUCCUUUACACAGAUCAGUCGUCCUGGUCCCUUUGCAGAAAAACAGCCCCAAAGCAUGAUGUUUCCAUCCCCAUGCUUCACAGUAGGUAUGGUGUUCUUUGGAUGCAACUCAGCAUUCUUUGUCCUCCAAAGACGACGAGUUGAGUUUUUACCAAAGCGUUAUAUUUUGGUUUCAUCUGACCAUAUGACAUUCUCCCAAUCUUCUUCUGGAUCAUCCAAAUGCUCUCUAGCAAACUUCAGACGGGCCUGGACAUGUACUGGCUUAAGCAGGGGGACACGUCUGGCACUGCAGGAUUUGAGUCCCUGGCGGUGUAGUGUGUUACUGAUGGUAGGCUUUGUUACUUUGAUUUCUUCAAACCAAGCUGAUUACCUAUUGCAGAUUCAGUCUUCCCAGCCUGGUGCAGGUCUACAAUUUUGUUUCUGGUGUCCUUUGACAGCUCUUUGGUCUUGGCCAUUGUGGAGUUUGGAGUGUGACUGUUUGAGGCUGUGGACAGGUGUCUUUUAUACUGAUAACAAGUUCAAACAGGUGCCAUUAAUACAGGUAACGAGUGGAGGACAGAGGAGCCUCUUAAAGAAGAAGUUACAGGUCUGUGAGCCAGAAAUCUUGCUUGUUUGUAGGUGACCAAAUACUUAUUUUCCACCAUAAUUUGCAAAUAAAUUCAUUAAAAAUCCUACAAUGUGAUUUUCUGGAUUUUUUUUUCAUUUUGUCCAUCAUAGUUGAAGUGUACCUAUGAUGAAAAUUACAGACCUCUCUCAUCUUUUUAAGUGGGAGAACUUGCACAAUUGGUGGCUGACUAAAUACUUUUUUACCCCACUGUUCGUAUUAACACUCUGGGACAGUUUGACUGGUUGAAUUAGAAUCAUUGUAAUGCUAUGGUUCUACUCAACAGACCCGGGGUUCUUUAAUUUAUAGUCCCAAAGACACAGUUCUCAGUGGUACCCAUAUGUAGACUGCAUGUAUGUUGGACAUGUAUGUGCUCACCAGCCCUAAGAGACCAAGAUUAUCAUUCAGUUAUUCCUCUGUUACAAAUGAGGAUAUAAACAGGUAUGACGUGCCACACUACUUGGUCAUGGCCUUAUUGGUCAAUUAUUCUUUAUUGGUCGUCUCCCUACAGGUUUAUAGCAAACUCACAGAAUGGUCACACACUUACAGACAUAGGCACUUGUUCUGACAGUGUUUGGUGCUGCCCUUUGUAGACUUAAAAAAAUACAAUGAGAAACCUCAGUCGCUCACCUUCUUCCCAUGAGAGAGAGAGAGUCAGGUUUCCAUGGCAACACCCACCCCCAUAGCAACCCAAUGGGGUUACGCAAUGUAUGUCAUUUAACCAUUCGGGAGGCUGAACACUCUUUGCAUAGUGAACACUGCCAAGGUAGGCAGUCCAAUCACACGAAGGCAAAAGAGGGUCUCCAGUAGAAUGGCCCAACAUUGUCAAUGAAACAGAUUCUUGCCUCAUGAGACCACGCUGGGUGAAAGAAACAGCAGAAGACAGAACAUAAGAAGAGACGAGGAUACUUUAUGAACUCUGAAUAACGAAGAGACUUGAGGAGAACAGCUCCUCUGUGAGAGUCCCUAACCAGCAACAUCCAGCCAAUAGGAAUAGUCUCCCAUUCACUGAUGCCUUGUCUUUGGGUUACAGUUAAAUUGUCUGUGUGUAAACUCUCUUUACUGGUUGGAUCAACUGUAUAUUUUUUUUACAUUGCUGUUUCCGUGUCAUCUACUCCUCACCAAAUGUCAAAGAUCUUUCCUAUCCAGGAUCCCAGUGGGCGAGCACAAGUCUAAGGCUGGACCCAGCUACCCGCCUGAGUUAGACAUCAUUUGUAUAAGGUUUAUGAGUCAGACAGGGCAUCUCUUAACCCUUUGAGGAGCAUGGACAGACAACAUAUCCUGAUUCUAUUUGUUCUUAUUGAACUGUAAAGUUCCACAACAGAAUACUGAGAAUAAGGUUCUAUGAACUCACUCCACAAAGGGCUAAAAGUGACUCGUAGCCACUCAGGGAGCUAGCUCUGUUCUGUCAUUCUCUCUCUACUAGCAGUGUCUUCUACUAGCAGUGUUUUCCUCUCACCUUGCAGCUAAGACAAGACCCAUAACCUUGAUCACUGUGUUCGUAAUCUUUGUUUGUGAAUGUUACUCACACAGUGUCAGAGAUCUUUCCCCUUUAUUCUCAAUAUUAUAACACAAUCUGAAUUUUACAAGACACAAUCUAAAAAAUAUACAUAUUUUUAGAACAUGUUAUUCUUGGGAUUUAAUGUUGCUUUUGUUGUGAGUGUUAUUUCUGUUGGUCUUUGAUCUUUUUCCCCCUGUUAUGUCAUCACAUUUUUGUCUUGUAAAAUAAGUGAUCUAUUUUUUUAAAGAAAACCUUUAAAAAAAACAGAAACCCCUUAAGACAAAAUGUACAAUAGGUAUAUUGUCAGUCAACGAGUAAAUAAGUUACUCAGCUCAAUGUAUAUUCUUGUAUGUUGGGAUACUUUACAUGUGCUUUAAAGAAUAUAAUAAAAGUAUUUCUUUUUCUUUUGAA